AUGCACGGCGUCCUGUCUGACGGCUACCGCAAGCUGCUGUCCAACGAUAAGCUUCCCCACAUCGAUCGGAUGCUGGAAGCAGCCAAACUGCGGAGAGCAGUCCUGUUGGCACGGGACCAAAGAGAUGAGCAGCCACAGUACCACAUCUUCACACAGACAAGCCGCUAUGCCGCCAGGCCCAUGAAGAGCAGGCAGUCGGCCUGGAACGGCGCCACACAGCAGCGGGUAUCCAUGACCAGCACCGCGAUAGGUGCCAUGAAGAGUAUCAAGAUGCUAGGAAUCCAGACAGCCGUUGAGAUCGUGAUAAUACAGCUGCGUGAAGCAGAGCUUUCUUAG